AUGGCAGCUGAGGAGGAAGUAGCUCUAACAGAACAAGACCAACCCCAUAAUAGCGGAUAUGGCGAGACGUCCAUCUUCUCGGACCAAGACUGGCAGUCCGAUGGGGAAAUCUUUAUCUUCCUUGCCACAGACUCGGACCAAGACCAGCCCGGUAGCGACUAUUGGGAGACCAAGAUGCAUAACACGAUCGAUACAACACCCUCCCACCGACAUGCUCAGAAGCUUUCGGUGCACUGGCCGAGGCGUUCUGUAAACUGGACAUUGAAAUCUUGGCAGCUCACACCACUGGAAUGGCAUUGGAACUUGAAAUAUGGGACUUUGAAUGUAAACACUCGUUACAAUAUGGUUCCAAUGGGGGCUGCCUUGCAUGCAAUGUUUGAUAGGUUACUUCAUCCUGGUCCCAGAAACAGAGGUAGUAAAAAGUAUACGGACGCACUGGAGAAAGAGGUAUUCAAAUACACGCUAGUUCCGAUAGACGAUACAAUGGAACAUAUCACACUUUUCGUCCAGCACAAUGCGCGUGAAUCGCAUGCAGUAACAUCAGAUUUCACUAUUCACGCCACUCCUUUCGACAAUCUUCCGAAGUUUACCAGUCAUGUACGACCACACUUCAUGAUCCUCCAUGGUGCCAAAGCAGUUCUUACCUUCGCCGGCCCUGCCUUGCGGUCAGCUCUAGAGGAUCAGAGGGUCUCGGAUAUGGUGGACCUAUACAGGGCAUGGACCCAAAAAAUACCUAAAAGUGAAAGUGCAAUGAAGGACCCAGAUUUUAACCCUCCUUCUACUAAGGAUGAAGAACAGGAAGGCGACGAGACAAAGAGACCCCGGAGAGUGCUGGAAAAGCGGAAUUUUCAGGCGUCUCCAACUUUAGACGUCAAGGGGAAGAAAUCUGGUGGGCAGGGGAAUCAAGAACGGAGUGGGCAGAGGCUGGAGAAGGAAAUGGUGCAAAGGCUUGUGGACGGUGGAAAACGGUGGACGGGGGACACGGAGGAAGCUGUGUUAGGAAUGAAGGAUCGUCGCGGUACAUUCUGGCCAUAUGUCCUUUCAUCUCGCAAUCCAGCGCCCCAUCCGUUUUCGCCUUCUUUUUACUCUGCCACUUCUGCUACUUCUCACCCCCUUGACCAGCGAAGCACUCAACCACGGCUUUUUAACGCACCCUUUAGCCACCCAACCCAAAUCUCCCUCGUACCUGGAAGGCCCGUGCGAGAGAGAGAUGGCCAAAGCCUAGACCGGAUGAACCCUCCAUAA